GCUCUUUGCUGUCACUCUCUCGGCCUUUGUCUGCGGCGGCCUCUGCGUCAUUCUUGUCCAAAACCAGCCACCACACUGGAGCCGGAGUGGUCUUCGGAAAAGUCGCGUCUUGUAAACCUUUGCUUGGAGUUCUUCGUGGCUUCCAUUGCCUUAGUCCAGCGGCCCUGUCCCGGUCUGCCAGGCCCAGCGUGAUCCGCCCACCGCUCCAGUCCCCCAGCGCCUGAGACGUGCAGGGCGCUGUGCCUGGGGCCCCUGCUACCCGGGAGCCCACCGCCUGGCAGGAGACACAGUUACCUGAUGGAACGGUGAUGGGUGGCGCACAGGGAGCCAGGGAGGCCUGAGACUGGAGUGGAGGGUGGGCGGCUGGCUCAGAGACCAACUCUGCCCCUCCCCCGAGUAUUUCAGCAUUGGGCAGCACGAAUAUGUGUACACGUGCAGUGGCAAGGAAAGGGGGUGCUAUUUCUUUACGAAGUUAAAAUAUAAUUGAAAACUGGGUCACUUCAAACCUGGAGUAGAGGAUGUGUGUGGCUGCUUCCCCAGCCAGUCCCUUUCCUGCCCAGGGAGUGCUCUGACCAGACCCAGACUCUGUUUUCAUCUUUUGUACUUCAUUCUAUGUCUCUGACAAAUUAUUAGGGCUCUUGAUAUUUAACACAAGUUUUAAAAUGUUUUUCAAGCCAUUUUGUGCAAUUAGCUUUUAGCUCUCAACACAGACUCUGUCACUUUUUUUCUGAAUUUUAAUCCAGUGCUGUCCACUGGGUCCCUGUGCCUGGCUCAUUCAGGGGGAUGCUCACGCAGUAGGUGACAUGGUGACAGUGCCCCUCCCUGUAGCGCUCACAGUCAGUGUGAGAAGGGGGUGAGUUCUGCUCAGUCACAGAGGUCCGUGUGGGUCCAUUCAUGGUGACUCCUAGAGAGGAGAACUCGGGAGCACCAGCAGGGUCAAGUGAGCUGUUGCAGUUAGUUGUUUCUUAAAAGUUGCUUAGAGUGGGGACACUAUCGGCAAUUUUAGUGAGACGCUUCUGUUGGUAUUUGGCUUCCCUGGUCUCUGGCCCACUGAAUACCAGGGCCUCCUUCAGUCACUGACAACCAGAAGGUCCCGAUGGACAUCUCCAGAGGCCCUGAGGGGAGCCACUGCCGGCACGUGAGAGCCCCGGCUCGCAGGCAUCGUUCCCAAAGCCGCAGCGCACAGCAGGCCCCUUGUGGUCUUAACACUUUGUGACGUGGGGUGGCUCGGCUUUUAUUUCUAUGACAUGUAAAGUUUCAUGAAGAUAGUUUUCAAACAAACGUUCACUUAAGUGAUUUUUCUUUAGAAGGGCUCUCUCCACCGCCUAGUAUCUGUUGGAGGGGCAUUCUCCUUUGGUGGUGUACACAGUGUCCUUGCCAUUGACACCGCCAAGUGAUCCAGCCGAUGCAGGACUGUCCGCAGUCCUUGGGGAAGCUUGUGGGAUGCUGGUGAAACUGAUUUCUCGGAUUCGAAGGGGCCGCCAAGUGGGAGAGUGCCAUGUGAUUCUUCUGCUCUGCUUGUGUUUUGCAGUGACUCGCUCAGCGCCCUCUGUGACGAGAGAGAGGGUGACUGGAAGUUUAGGGUGCCAUCAGUGAGUCAGAUCUAGUUUUCCUCGUGUUAUACCAACAUUUUUGAGGUGACAGUGAUUGGUCUGCUUUAAAUCCCACAGCUCAGCAGCUUGGUGUGCGCAAGCUUCGUGGGCAGAAUCGUAUUCUAGCCCCACACAGCCCUGGGGGGGUGUGCUCUUCACCCCGCUGCAGGGGACGCUCAGAGCAGAAGCGCUCCCGGCCCGCCGCCUGGCCAUGCGUGUGGCACCUCACUCCCACAGCUGCGGUCGCUGUCAGUGCCCCCUGAUUUAAAAGUACAGUGCUAGCGACCGAUGCACCAGCUCAUGCUUGCUGUCGCGCCUUCGUCUGUGGAGAGAGCCUGCUUCUGGCCAGGAUCGGGGGGUUGGAUACCGUGAACUACGACGCUUCCAUUCGGAGACCUUGUUGUCCAUGCCGCAAGAUGGCGGGAGUGUGCGGUGUCUCCGCUUGAUGUUAUGUUUUACUCGUGUCUCGUCUUCACCGGAACUGUUAGCACAGUGGUUCAUAACCUUUUUUGGGUCACAGAGCUUUCAGGAAAAUUCACAGACAAAUGAUUUUGCCUUUGAUUCCACAGGUUAUUUGGUUACUGGGGACGCAGGCUGAGGACCUUGCGUAGGCACGUCGAAAUGUUUAUGUGAAGGCGCACGGUUUGCUCACGUGCGCUCGCUUACUCCCCUUGCAUCAGCACUGUUGAUGAUAAUGGCUAACUGGACCCGUCGGUGGGAGAACAGAAGCCCCCAUGCAGGCCACUGCUCUCCCUUUGGGGGCAUCAGUAUAGAAGUCCCCAUGCAGUCUGCUGCUGUCUUGUGGGAUCUCAGUUAUGGCUUUGACUCCAGUGAGUUACGUCCCUAGUGGUGAGACCCCAGGACACCUGGUAGCUGGGCAAACGGAGCCGAAGUGCAGCCCCACCCGACCCAACGCAUGGGAAACGUAAAGCAUGCUUAGCAAAGGCAUCUGCGUGCAGGGCUAAGCUUGAGCAAGGAAAGGGAUGCCCCAGGUGCCUGCGUGCAGGGCGGAUGCGGAGGCGUGUGGAGCUGCAGCGGGACAGCGCAGGACCCGAGCACCGGUGUGGGCCUGAUGGGCUGGAGCAGGGUCUCACUGUCCGUGCUGGGACAGGCGCAGUGGCUUACUCCUGUGCACAGCUGCCCGCAUAGAUCCAGGACCCCCGAAGGGCCCGGACCACCGUGUGCCAGCCGAGGGGAAAGCUCCCUGCGGGCCCUGGGCCUUGUGUGGUUGGAGUCACCCAGAUUGGAGGCGGGCCCAGGCCUGCAAGUCCACAGGACACCUGCAAGCUCCCCGAGCUGACGCUUGGGCUUGCAGACUGGCUGGAGCUGGGGACAGGGUCACCAAGGGAGCACACCCACUGAAGGCGGUUUCCAGUAAAAGGAGAGUGUGUGGUGUUGUCUUCGAGCUGCAACCAUGAGUGAGUUUCGGAUUCACCACGAUGUGAAUGAGCUGCUGAGCUUGCUGCGUGUCCGUGGCGGGGAUGGGGCCGAGGUUUACAUCGACCUGUUGCAGAAGAACAGGACCCCGUACGUCACAACCACUGUGUCGGCACACAGCGCCAAGGUUAAAAUAGCAGAAUUUUCUCGUACUCCAGAAGACUUCCUAAAGAAAUAUGAUGAACUGAAAUCUAAAAACACAAGGAACCUGGACCCUCUGGUGUACCUGUUGUCGAAGCUGGCGGAAGACAAGGAGGUAACCGUGCCGCGCUGGGCCCCCACGUCCGGAGCUUCCUUGCGGCGUCGGUCAGCGGGUGUUUCAACCCACAGGAUCCGUGCAGUUCAGACCCUGCAGUACCUGCAACAGAACGCAAAGGAAAGGGCCGAGCUCGCAGCCGGCAGCAGCAGCAGCUUCAGCACCCCGGCCGCCGCCUCCAAGAUGUCCAUGCAGGAGCUGGAGGAGCUGAGGAAGCAGCUGGGCAGCGUGGCCACGGGCUCCACCGUGCAGCAGUCCCUGGAACUUACAAGAAAGAUGCUUCGAGACAAGCUGAACAAAAAAAAUUUGGGCCAGCGCCUCCCAGUCUUCCCCGCAUGGGUGUACGAGCGGCCCACGCUGGUCGGGGACUUCCUGACCGGCUCAGGCGCAGGCAUGGACACAGCUGUGCCUAUAGGCUCCCUGCCCCUGGCCUCCCAGGAGCUGGCCGUCGUGGAGGACCUGCUGUACGUGCUGGUGGGUGUGGACGGCAGGUGCAUCGCCGCCCAGCCCCUCACCGGGAGGCAGGGCCGCACCUUCCUCGUGGACCCCAACCUGGACUUGUCCAUCAAGGAGCUGGUGAACAGGAUCCUCCCGGUGGCCGCCAGCUACUCCACCGUGACCAGGUUCAUUGAGGAGAAGUCCUCCUUUGAGUACGGGCAGGUGAACCACGCGUUGGCAGCCGCCAUGCGGACGCUGGUGAAGGAGCACCUGAUCCUGGUGACACAGCUGGAGCAGCUGCAGAGGCAAGGCCUCCUGUCGCUGCAGAAGCUCUGGUUCUACAUCCAGCCGGCCGUGCGCAGCAUGGACAUCCUGGCCUCCCUGGCCACCUCGGUGGAUAAAGGCGAGUGUGUCGGGGGCUCCACCCUGAGCCUUCUCCACGACCGGAGUGUCAACUACACGGGCGACAGCCAGGCGCAGGAGCUGUGCCUGUACCUCACCAAGGCCGCCAGUGUGCCCUACUUCGAGAUUCUGGAGAAGUGGAUCUACAGGGGGAUCAUCAACGACCCGUACAGCGAGUUCAUGGUGGAGGAGCACGAGCUGCAGAAGGAGAAGAUCCGGGAGGACUACAAUGACAAGUACUGGGACCGGCGCUACACUGUGGUGCAGCGGCAGAUCCCGUCCUUCCUGCAGAAGAUGGCCGGCAAGGUCCUCAGCACAGGAAAAUACCUAAACGUGGUGAGAGAGUGCGGUCACGACGUCACCUGCCCAGUGGCCAAAGAGGUCAUCUACACGUUGAAGGAGCGGGCGUACGUGGAGCAGAUUGAGACAGCCUUUAACUACGCCAGCCGGGUGCUGCUGGACUUCCUGAUGGAGGAGCAGGAGCUGGUGGCGCACCUGCGGUCCAUCAAGCGCUACUUCCUGAUGGACCAGGGGGACUUCUUUGUGCACUUCAUGGACCUGACGGAGGAGGAGCUGAAGAAGCCGGUGGACGACAUCACGCCCACACGCCUGGAGGCGCUGCUGGAGCUGGCCUUGCGCAUGAGCACCGCCAACACAGACCCCUUCAAGGACGACCUGGAGAUCGACCUGAUGCCUCACGACCUCGUCACGCAGCUGCUGCGCGUUCUGGCCAUCGAGACCAAGCAGGAGAAGGCGCUGGUCCACGCCGACCCCACCGAGCUCACGCUGAGCGGCCUGGAGGCCUUCUCUUUCGACUACGUAGUCAAGUGGCCCCUGUCACUGAUUAUUAACAGGAAAGCCCUGACCCGCUACCAGAUGCUGUUCCGGCACCUGUUCUACUGUAAGCACGUGGAGCGACAGCUGUGCAACGUCUGGGUCAGCAACAAAACCGCCAAGCAGCGCUCGCUGCACUCCGCCAAGUGGUUUGCAGGCGCCUUCACUCUGCGACAGCGGAUGCUGAAUUUUGUCCAGAACAUCCAGUACUACAUGAUGUUCGAAGUGAUGGAGCCGACCUGGCACGUCCUUGAGAGAAACCUGAGAUCCGCCUCGAACAUCGAUGACGUGCUGGGCCACCACACGAGCUUCCUGGACAGCUGCCUGAAGGACUGCAUGCUGACCAACCCCGAGCUGCUCAGGGUCUUCUCCAAGCUCAUGUCCGUGUGCGUCAUGUUCACCAACUGCAUGCAGCGGUUUACGCAGAGCAUGAAGCUGGAUGGCGAGCUGGGCCGCCCGGCGCUGGAGCACGGCACCAUGCUGGGGCCGCCCACCGAGGCUGAGCGGGCCGAGGAGCGUGCCCGGAAGGAGCUGGCCCGGAAGCAUCUGGCAGAGCACGCGGACACACCUCAGCUGGCCUCCGGCUUCGAGGCCACCAUCAGUAAGUUUGAUAAGAAUUUCUCGGCCCAUCUGCUUGACCUCCUGGCCCGACUGAGCGUCUAUAGCACCAGCGACUGCGAGCACGGCAUGGCCAGCGUCAUCUCCAGGCUCGACUUCAACGGCUUCUACACGGAGCGCCUGGAGCGCCUGUCUGCAGAGAGGAGCCAGAAGGUGGCCCCCCAUGUGCCCGUCCCGCGGGGGCCCCCGGCACCAGCGCCCAGGGUCGCCGUCACCGCGCAGUGAGGCCCUCAGGGCCCUGCACCUGCCACAGCUGAGGGGAGGACCCAGUGGCCCGUGGGCGCGGAGAGUGAACGAACCCGAAGCUUCUCAUCACGCUCCUGGCUGUGUGUGUCGUGCAUGUCACUGGCGAUUGAGUGUGAGGUCUGAACGUGGUCUGUGUUCAGCCUUCCUCCCCCGGGGCUGGGUUUCGCCCAGCAGUGCUGCCCAGACAGUGCUGUCCCCACAGCGUGCCUCCCUGUGGGCUCUCGUCAAUGGAGCAGCGGUACUUCUUUGGUUAAUGGUUUUUGGCCUCAAAUAAAAACAAAACGAAAACAGUA